AUGGCAGUGAGGAAACCAUUAACGCAGUUCACCACCCCGCUAGGCUCUGGAGCAGGCGUGCCGAAAGAACGCCGACCACCAAAAGUUCACGACUCCGAUACGCGUCUAGCUCGACCUUUCAAAGUGCCCUUUAAGUCGCGAGCAGGCACCGAUCCCACGCGUUCAGACGCGUCUUUGUCAUUGCCAUCGCGUCGUCCCGUUCGCUCUUCGAGAAAAUACACCAACUAUGCCGUGGAUGAUAUUGAAAACGCGCAAGACGAAGCUGUUGAUGAGAACGGAGACAUAGUCAAACCCAAGAGGUUUGGCGCGUUACUCCCUCGGGCGUUGAUCAACUCGGACAACAUGAGCCGCAAUGAAUCCAAAUUUAAACGGUCUUUCACUGUCCCCUUCAGUGCCAACAAUGCUAAAAAGGACGAAAUGAUCCGGGCCCCGCCGCCUCCGUUGGGCACAAAAGUGAGGCCUAUUAUCCCCCCGCGCGCGUUGCAUGAUCCCAUGAGCGAGUUCGCGAUUGUGUUGUACGACCCCACGGUUGACGUUAUACCCAAAGACAAUAGUGCAGACGUAUCAAACACGUCGACGGACGAGCCCGAAGUGCUUACUCCGCCUUCGAGCUCGGGCGAGGUAGACGAGAGACCAGCAAAGAGGAGAAAGACGCAUCGUUCACUUGCCGAAAUAUUGGGAAUCGUGACUAACCCCGAAGAGCAGCUAGCCAAGUACCCCAAUGUCCCCGUGGUGAUUGACCCUAAGCUUGCCAAGAUCUUGAGACCGCACCAGAUUGCCGGGGUCAAGUUCUUGUACCGGUGCACCGCGGGGUUGAUGGAAGCAAAUGCCAAAGGCUGCAUCAUGGCCGACGAGAUGGGGCUCGGUAAGACUUUGCAAUGCUUGACCUUGAUGUGGACGUUGUUGCGCCAGUCUCCACGGGGAAAGAGGACGAUUGAAAAAUGUAUUAUUGUCUGUCCGUCAUCGUUGGUGAGGAACUGGGCUAAUGAGAUUGUCAAGUGGUUGGGCGAAGGCGUGUUGACUCCGCUUGCUGUGGACGGCAAGAGCACAAAGUCGAAUGACUUGGGGUUGGCGUUGCAGCAAUGGUCCACUGCGCAAGGUCGGAAUAUAGUGCGACCCGUGCUUAUCAUCUCGUAUGAGACGUUGCGGCGAAAUGUAGACAAGCUUGCUGGUACCGAAGUGGGGCUCAUGUUGGCCGAUGAAGGACACCGGUUGAAGAAUGGCGAGUCCUUGACAUUCACGGCGUUGAAUUCGUUGCGGUGCGAGAGAAGAGUGAUUUUAUCCGGUACCCCGAUCCAAAAUGACUUGUCCGAGUACUUUUCGUUGUUGAACUUUGCCAAUCCGGGAUACUUGGGCACGCGAAACGAUUUUAGGAAAAACUUUGAAAAUGCCAUUUUGCGAGGACGAGACGCUGAUGCCUCGGACAAGGAAAGAGAGAAAGGUGACCAGAAAUUGACCGAGUUGUCGCAGUUGGUGUCCAAGUUCAUCAUUCGAAGAACAAACGACAUUUUGUCGAAAUACCUUCCCGUCAAAUACGAGUAUGUCUUGUUCACGGGGUUGUCGCCCAUGCAAAAGAGCUUGUAUGACCAUUUCAUCACAUCGCCUGAAAUCAAGAAGCUUUUGAAAGGGAUCGGUUCGCAGCCGUUGAAGGCGAUUGGUAUGUUGAAGAAACUCUGCAACCAUCCCGAUUUGCUAAAUUUGCCAGACGAUCUAGAAGGAUGCGACCAUUUGAUCCCCGAUGACUACGUGUCGUCGAUUGCCAACAGCGGGGGCCGAAACAGGGAGAUUCAAACUUGGUUCAGUGGGAAAUUCCAGAUCCUCGAGCGGUUCCUUCACAAGAUCAAUCGCGAGACAAACGACAAGAUUGUGCUUAUUUCAAACUAUACGCAAACAUUGGACUUGAUUGAGAAAAUGUGUCGAUACAAGAAAUACGGCGCGCUUCGAUUAGACGGAACCAUGAACAUCAACAAGCGGCAGAAGUUGGUUGACCGGUUUAAUAACCCCGAAGGCUCGGAAUUCAUUUUCCUUCUCUCUUCCAAAGCUGGAGGCUGUGGAAUCAACUUGAUUGGCGCCAACCGGCUCGUGCUCAUUGACCCGGAUUGGAACCCGGCCUCGGACCAGCAAGCGCUAGCACGAGUCUGGAGAGAUGGACAAAAGAAGGACUGUUUCAUCUACAGGUUCAUCUCGACGGGUACCAUUGAAGAAAAAAUCUUCCAGCGGCAGUCAAUGAAGAUGUCGUUGAGUUCAUGCGUCGUGGACGAAAAGGAAGACGUGGAAAGGUUAUUCAGUGCAGACAACUUGAGGCAGUUGUUUUUGUUCCAACCGGACACCGAGUGCGAUACUCACGACACCUACCAGUGCAAGAGAUGCCGUGCCGACACGGGGCAAUUCAUCAAGGCGCCUGCUAUGUUGUAUGGUGAUGCAACAACGUGGAACCAUAUUAAGCAUUCCCGGAUGAAGGACAACGAGGAUGUUUUGAUUGCGAAUGAGGCUGGUUUCAACGACAUUUCCUUUGCGUUCCAGUACAUUUCGCACUAG